CGUCAUAAUCGUAAACAUUGAUUGGAGUUGGUGAAUAUAAUCAAUAAACCAAAAGUAACGAAGUGCCGAGUGAAUUGUGCUUAUUUGAGAGGUGUACAGCUACAGCAUCAUCAUGGAGCAACAAAGUACACAAUCAAAUGAGGAGAUCAAACUAGAAGAGCCCGUCCAGUUUAAGACCUCUACCUCUUUAAAGAUAGAAGAAAUUGAAAUCAUCGGUACACUGCCUGAAAUAGAGUCCGGACAGCCGCUAUCAGAUACCGUUAACCACCGAUGUGAACUUUGUGGCAAACAUUUCCCAUCUAUUAGCCUGCUCAACCAUCAUCAAUUUAAUCAUCCUUACAUAUGUGAUUUGUGUGGAAAAGAAUAUCGUAACCAUCGUAUUAUCAGAGAUCAUAUGAUAUAUCACAGGCAAAAAUCUCACAAAUGUGAUGUUUGUGAGAAGACAUUUUAUUCGCGCACUCAGCUACAAAGUCAUACGUAUACUCACUUGAGUGAGAAACAUUUCACCUGUAAUGUAUGUGGGAAAGUUUUUGCUAUGUCGUGGAACUUCGCGAUCCAUAAUGGAAUAGACAUAAACACUAACGAACUUUCUGCGUGUAGCGAACAUGAAUCUCUUCGCCUAAUUAGUAUAGCAUGUGAUAUAUGUGGAAGAGAAUGUCGUACACUCAGACAACUGAAAGUACAUAAGAAUGCACACAAUGUAAAAUCUCACAAAUGUGAAGUGUGCGAAAAAGGAUUUGCUACUUUAUUUCGACUCAAAGCACAUAAGAUAAUUCACUCGAACGAAAAAUCAUAUGUGUGUGAAUCAUGUGGAAAAGCAUUUCGCACGCAGGAUAAGCUAAAAGUUCACAAGCUUACUCACUCCAAUGAGAAACCUUUCAAGUGUGAAGUGUGUGAUAAAUGCUUUCAUAUGCGCUACCAGCUAAAAUUUCACGAGCGCGAGCACACAGAUCAUACGAUGUACAAUUGCGAGAUGUGUGAUAAGAAAUUUAAAUUUUUAUAUAAGUUAGAACACCACUGGACUGUUCACACAAAAGAAAAACCGCACGUAUGUGAAGUGUGCGGAAAAGAAUUCCGCCUCAAAGGCGGUCUCAAAAGUCACAUGUAUACUCACAUAAAUCAAAAACAGCACAAAUGUGAAUGUUGUGACAAAGAAUUUGCAAUAAAAAGUUCAUUGAGCAGACAUAUGCAUAUUCACGCAAAUCCGCACAAAUGCGAAGUUUGUGGAAUGGAAUUUACUGGAAAGUAUCUCCUUCAAACCCAUAUGUAUCUUCACACAAACGAAAAACCACACAAAUGUGAAGUUUGCGGAAAAGAAUUUCGCCUACAGUGUACACUCAAAAAUCAUAUGUAUGUGCACACAGACGAGAAACCGUAUAAAUGUGACCUUUGUGGAAACGCAUAUCGUGGAAGGGGCCACCUGAAAACCCACAUGUAUGUUCAUACAAACGAAAAACCAUACAAAUGUGACGUAUGUGAAAAGCAAUUUCGUGAUAAGCAGGGCCUCCGAGUCCAUAUGUAUGUUCACUCGAAUGAAAAACCUCACAAUUGCGAAGUGUGUGGACAAACAUUUCGCGAUAAGAGGGCUCUCAGAUACCAUGCAGGGGUUCACACAAACCCAAAACCAUACAAAUGUGAAGUGUGUGAGAAAGAGUUUCGUGUAAACUAUCGCCUCAAAAUCCAUAUGUAUAUUCACACAAACGAAAAACCAUAUAAAUGCGAAGUGUGUGGAAAAGAUUUUCGUGAUAGCCAUUUCCUCAAAAUCCAUAUGCUUGUUCACAAAAACGAAAAACGGUACAAAUGUGAAGUGUGUGGAAAGGAAUUUAAUCAUCUCUAUUCCUUCAGACGUCACAAGUCAGUUCACUCGAAGUAAAAAGUAAACAAUUAACAAAUGUAACGUGUAUUAAUCUACAUGUGCCAGUGAAAAAGUUAGAAUACGCGUACAAUAUGCAACCAAAAUGACAUAAAACUCUGCAGUUUCGAAGCGAGCCAACUCGUGCGUUUUCGAUACCCAAAGUGAUCCAAACUGAUUCCUUUUUAGGACCAGCCUGAACCACAACCCACACCUUUCACAUGUUAAAUUUAAAACGCCAGGAUAGUCACUCGCUCUCGUAAAAAAAAUCUUUCGGUCAGUAGAAUUUUGCCAGGAUUCAGGCAGUUGUCAAAAUGUUUAAUAUGACGCUGUUUAAAUUAAACAAUAUCCCUGCCAUCUGAAACGGGCCGAUUCAUCGGACUUUCUUUAAAUUUGCCAGAUUUGAGUACCAAUCAUCAACUCAUACGAUGAAUCAUCAUGUGCAACAGGAGAGUAAGCGAAUCGCCUCGCUUCAUCAGGCAAACAUGAAACACCUCAGAUAGCGCCAGAGAAACGUUUUUUUAAUUCAAUUCGUUUAUUUGAUAAGCCACGUUUGCGUUAGCUUAAAGGUGCCAAUUUUGUUUUGUUUUACAUUUUGAUGCCAGAGAAACGUUAUUUACUCCAUUAUCAAUCGUGUAACAGUAUUGUUAAUAAAACUUCACACAGUAAAACCUAUAAUUCCUGUAUUCACAGGUGGGCAGAGACCAUGAGCGAAGCCAAUCUAACGUCAAACAAUUAUUUUUUGACGUAUAUGCCAAAACCUUAUUGCGCACUUCCCACCAACCUGGACUCCGCACUUUCAAAGUGCGAGUGAUCAAACUGCUACUGAAAACUGCAAGCUGUCAAAACACAUGUAUUUCAAGUGAUAGAGAUGGUAUUUUCAUAGACAGACCAGUCGAACUAACCAGUCUAUGAGAAGAAUUUAAUAGAAGAGUAGUAAGUGCGCAGUGCGGUUAGAAUCCAGUUUUUAGUGCCACAAACAAUAUUUACAACUUUUUUAUGGUGUCCAAAGAAGAAAACAGAAACGUGUGUAAACAUUUGAAUAAAUAUACGAUAAACACUAGCGCCGCCACACCAACCUAUCUCAAC